AUGCCUCUGGCCAAGCGGAUCGUGGAGCCGCAGCUUCUGUGCAGGCACCAAAUCCCCAGUGACGACGGCGUGCUUUUCGAGGACCUGUGCUCCAUCAGUAACGUGGUGCUCGCGCGGACCUUGCGACAGUUGUCCGACUUGGCCCGACACGCCUGCUCUUUAUUCCAAGAGCUGGAGAACGACAUCGUCAGCACCAACCAAAGGGUCUGGGCGCUCCAGAGCAAAAUAGGCCAAAUCCAGCAGACUGCCAGUGCCCUCGACCCCAAAAAGGAGGCCGUGCCCGUGUCUAACCUCGAGAAGGAGAGUAAGUUGUCCAUUCACUACCAGGCUCCAUGGCACCAGUUCCACAACGUCUUUCACCCCUGCACCCGGCCGCCAUGUUUGGAGGAGCAGCACCGCAACGCCCACUUCUGCCUCCGAGCCCUGCAACAAGACGAGCUGCAGAAGAGGUCGACGAGCCGAGAGCGGAGCCGCGUGACCAUCUCGAUCUCGGUGGCGCCCCCUAUGCCCACGUUCCCCUCGCCGCACACCAUCCGCAGACAGCAGAGGAGUCGGCUGGCCAGAGCUCAGGAGAGAGCGGAGAGAGAGCAGGAGCACGACUAUCAGCCCCGGAAAGAGAUGAGUGCUCGGGAAACUGACAUUCAGACGGUGCAGAAAAAGGAGCGAUCAGUCCGGGAGGAAGUUCAGAGAAAGUUUGAGUGUUUUUACUCACUUCAUCCAAUCGAUGGUUGCAACUUCAUUCCAUGGAAUAGAAAGUCUACCUCGACAGCAGAGAGUGAAGUGGUUGAGGUCACUGGAGGUCAAAAAGCCAAAGCCCCGCCCCCUCCGGCGCCCGUGAUGCAGGACAAACAAACCAACUGGACCAGGGAGAGCCAUACGUCACCGGACCCCAAGUCUACAGCCGACCCCAACUCCAUCUCCUCCUGCAUCAUCCCCAUCAACGUCACAGGAGUUGGGUUCGACAGAGAAGCCAGUGCUCGCUGCUCUCUGGUACAUUCCCAAUCCGUGCUCCAGAGACGGAGAAAGCUGAGGAGAAGGAAGACCAUCACCGGGAUCCCCAAAAGAGUUCAGCAGGACAUGGAUUCAGAUGAGUCACCCGUGGCCACAAGAGAGCGCACCGUGAUUGUUCAUGCCAACCCACACCAGCUCUCUUUGUGUGAAGAAGACCUGUCAGUCAGUGGCCUCUCACACACCCGCGACUCUGGCUGCCAGACCGAUGACUUCUUUAUAGCAUGUACCGCAGCUCCCUCUAGGAGGCGUAUCCGAGCUCAGCGUGGCCAUCAAGGACUCCCCGCCUCACUGUCCCAUUCCACCGGGAACAUCUCUGCUCUGGGCGACCAAUCGGAGUCCACCUACACCAGCGCCACGAGCCAUAGCCGCUUACGAUCUCGCAGCCUACCGCGAGAGGGCGGCCGCCUGCUGGACAGCGACGAAGACGACGACGACGAUAACUAUGACGACGAUGACGAGGAGGACGAAGAGCUGUCGCCGUACGAGGCAGAGGACUUCAUUCCCUCGGGGCCCAGUCCCAGGAUGAAGAUGAUGAUGAUGAAGGACGAAGAGGAGAGCACCGACGACCAAGCUGCACCCGAGCCUUUGCAACUAGGAACCCUCAAGAGGUUGCAGCGAUCGGGGGACAGAGGAGGGGGCGGGGGUAGUCCUGAGCACGGCUGGAUGGAGCGAGGUCGGUCCCGGUUGCCACGGAAAGCGGACAUGGGCAGUUGUGAAAUCUCGUCGAGCUCGGAUACCUUCAGCAGCCCGAUUCAUUCGGUAUCAACGACGGGAGUGCUAGGUACCAACGUGGAUCAUAAGGAGGAUCACCAAUCGUCAAGUGGUAACUGGAGCGGGUCAAGUUCAACGUGUCCCUCGCAGACGUCCGAAACGAUCCCGCCCCCCUCGUCCCCUCCGCUGACGGGCUCUUCCCACUGCGACUCCGAACUGUCGCUCAACACGGUGCCCAAUGCCAGUGACGAAGGGUACUCGCUAGACCCCGCGUACCACUCCGAUCUGAGACCCCAAGGCCAGGGUCACAGGUCCAGCUCCUUCACGUCCUCAGCUACAGAUCAGUUGGAUGAUGCCGGCGUUAGUACGGCGAGCGAAGGGGAGUGGGCGUAUCCUCCAGACCAGGACCAGAUGGACCCGGACCACGAACACGAGCAGACACAAAACCAGAGCCAUGAGUUAUCCCAGGAAUACAACUCCAAAGGUCUGCAAGAUCAAACCUGCAGCAUCGAUAAAGACGGUUACCCGGUCGAUACGGAUGGGUUCUACUUCUCCGCUGCGAAUUCUGAGGAGUGUAACCAAACAUACAGAGGCUACAUGUAUAACUAUGCAGAACAAGGGCAUGAAAGUGGCCAAAACACUGUGGCAGCACCACUACAACAUGGAGUUUACAACUACUCGUCUGGUACUAUGACUUUGGGAAGGAGUUGCCGUCCACUGAGAAAACCAAAAGUGAAACCUCCGCCGCCAAAACGCACCUCCUCACUGAAGGAGCCUAGUAGCUGUGUUGAUGUCGGGACAGACACACAGAUAGAGUAUGAUCAACCAAAGAUGGGUAGUGAACAUGAACUUACGACGUCUUCCAUGGAAAUGAAGCUAGAGCUAGAAUUAAGCAGUGGUCCAGAUCAACUGCAAACGUCCUGUCUUGUAGCAGAGCCUUUGGGAACCUGGGGGGUGGGUCUCGGAGAAGCGGUUGAUAUAGUUGAGCCCAUGUCUUUUAGCUCUGCGGACACCCACUCUUUCAAAGAUGAAGGCGCAGUACAAUCCGACUAUGCAGACCUGUGGCUUCACAACUCUGAAAAAACAAAUGGGGAAUACACAUCGAUGUCCAACUCAAGUACAGCCACGGGGACAACAGUAAUGGACGGCAUCAAAUCACCUGAGAGCUCUUCGUCCUCCACAGACACGCAAAUACAAGCUCCCGUCCAGGUCUCAGAAACUAGAGCAACGAGUCCCCCACCUCCAGACUUUAAACUGGGAUCACCUGAGAAACUCGCUGGCCUCGCGUCACCGUCGAGUGGCUAUUCGAGUCAAUCCGAGACUCCGACAUCCACCCUACCCUCUUCGUCGGCGGCGUUCUUCCCAGGCCCGCUGUCUCCCUCUACAGGCAAACGAAAGCCUAAAGUGCCCGAGCGAAAAUCGUCUCUCUCUUCCCUGCAGCACUUUCCCCGAGAUGGCGCUUCACACACUUGCGGCUACAAAAGAGACCCCGACUUUCCGCCUCCACCUUCUCAACUCGACCUCAGCAUUCUUCACGGCGGUCACGUCAGGCACACGCUAACACACAGAACACAUCACAUGCAUACCUUACACUACAGCAAGCACAGGGUUGGAAACGUAUUUAACUCGGGGGCUAAGUUGCUAAGUCCGGAAACAUCAUACACCAUCCCUCCGCCGUGUCCCGUCUCCGCCGCUCCGGUUUCAAACUCCAAUCCAACAACGUCUGCUCCAUCUGUUCCGCGUUCAGUGCCGCAACACGUAACGAACCAAUCCACGGAGAGUUCAAGCAGCAACGAGCAGGACGCCACCGCUGUCCCAGAGACCGCUACCAGACCCAAAUGUUCCCACACCAGCUCUACCCUAGCUCCACCCGUCAACGCCCGACCUCUGCCUCCUCGAAGACCUCCGCCAAGGCCCCCGGGACAUGAGCACACCUUCUCUCCAGAACAUUCCCAACCGACUCCCCCGGGCCGGCACCCAGACGGGCCCCCAUCCUACGAAAGCCUGCUAUUCAGACACGAUCGAUACGGGCCGGGAACGUUCUGGUCAAUGACGGCGUUCCGAACGAGGAUAGAUCCAUUAUCGGAUACAGACGAAAGCUCGCCAUUGCAUAGACCUGUGCCACGGGCUCCCCACCCUUCCCCAGUCGAUCUACACACACACAUCCAGUCACACACAGAGUUCCGAGGGCUCUCACAUUCAAGUAAAGGCCACCCGGAGUUCAGAGUUUUGGGAGAGCGUUCAUUCUCGCAAGACGACGAUGACGACGAGGAAGAAGAGGAAGAAGAGGAGGAGCCGGUCCGAGAGCCGCCUCGACCUGCAUGUUCCCGAAUAAGCAUGAGAUCCGAUCACCCUCCACCCCCAGCCUACGGGGGGCACCAUUCUGACUCAGGGCCCUGGUCUAGUCCACUCAAAGUGCCUGGUUCCACAGCAGAGACAUCGCACCCUUACCUAAUCAGCGAUGCGAGACGAGGAGGACUGGAAGAGCAAGUCGGAGAGGAGGAGGUGACAUCAGGUGCUACCAGAAGUGCCCAUCAGCAACAGCUCCCAGACAGCAAAGACGACUCGACCACUCCGGACACAGAGGACUACUUCAGUAAAGAUUCUACUCCCAGUGACAACUCACUCUCACCCGUGAUGGACGACUCCAAAAUGGACGACGACAUCAUUAUUACAUCGCCCAAUAAGAGUCGUACAACCGAGGAUCUGUUCGCCAUGAUACACAGAUCCAAGAGAAAGGUGCUGGGCCGUAAGGAUUCUGGAGAUAUAAACUCAAAGUCUCGCCUCUGCCUUCCAGCCCCGGUGAACAGUGGUAGUGUGCCCACCAUCACAGCGCCCCCUGCCCCUCCAGUCACCGUCCCAGCGACCCUGGCCUGUGCAGCCGGGGCACAGCGAGUCCCAGUGCCCAUCUACCGCAGUGCCAAAAAGUCCAGCACUUCAAAUGAGGAAUUCAAACUUCUGUUGCUAAAGAAAGGUAGUCGGUCUGACACCAGCUACCGCAUGUCAGCAAUAGAGAUUUUAAAGAGUCCCAUCACGCCCAAAACGCCCGGGGAGUCGCUCCACGAAGGGCCCAUGCGACAGGCCGAAGAACUGUCCUCAACGCUCCAGGAAGCCACUUUAUCCAACCUGGAACCGGUCCACAUCCCCGGCCUCUUCCCCCGAGCGAACACAGAAAGCUUCACUCCCAAAACGCUGCCGAUGUCCGCCGCGUCCCGUCAGGGGCGCUCUCGGAUCCCCCCGGUGGCCAACAGCAGUCGGUACAGCACGCGCAGCCGGCUCUACACCGCGCCCAUGCAAGCCAUUUCAGAGGGGGACACGGAGAACUCGGACGGCAGCCCCCACGACGACCGCUCCUCCUAA